AUGGGUCAACGUGAUUUUGAUUUAGCUGAUGCUCUUGAUCACCCGGAGGACAUAAUCACCAGGAAGCCUACAGUGAUCAGAAGACCGACAAGGCCUGGGCUGAACAAUGAUCUGCAUUUAGGAGAUGCUCUUGGUGGAGGUGACAUCCCAAGAAAGCCUUUAUAUCCACCUCUGCCACCACGACCAGGAACCUAUAGUAAUUCUGGAGGAUUUGAUGACUCAGAUCUGCUUGAUGGGAAUGCUUUACCACCGCACAUUAUAGGAGAAGAGGAGCAUAAUUUUAAUCAUGGAGGAAACACAGAUUCAGGAUUGAUAGCUGGAGUUACAUCUCCGAUAAUUUCUGCUUUUGUGAUAUUGGUUGUUGGAUCCAUAGCUGCCUAUUCCGCAUACAAGAACAAGAAACUUUGUUUCAAACCACAGGGUAAGACCAAAGUAGUUUCCAGCUUUCAGAGUUGA